AAAAAAAAAAAAAAAAGAGGAAAGAUGGGAAGGUGGUAGAGGGAGUGGUGAAGUGAGAGAGAGAGUUUUAAUGCAAAAGAAAUCCGCAUGUAGUAGACCUCUCAGGCUUAGCACCAAAGCAAACAGCGCUCUCUGGCCUCAGUUCUCAACCCCUUAGUGAGUUUGAGAGAGAGAGAGAGAGAGAGAGAAAAAGUGAGUUUUUUUUUUGUGGGAUUAAGGUAAGGAAGAAGAAGACAUGCACAAUUCCAAGCUUACAACAAUACCCAUUAAUUUUUUUUCUCUGCACUUUACCAAAUUUCAAAGGUUUACCUUUUUUGGGAUGCUUCGCAUUAUCAUCUAGUCAACUUUCCCUCUUCAAAUUGAUUUUCUUUUUUUUUCUCUUUUUUUUUUUUUUUAAUUUUUUAAAGGUGAUGUUGCUUAUAAUUAUAAUGCUUUGUGGCAGCAUAUGCUAGUUUGGUUGCCCGGUUGCUGAUGAGUGUGAAGCUAAAUAUAUUACUAGGUUUCUUCUUUUUGACAUACUUGAAGAUCUAGAAGCUUAUCCUUGUAAUUUCCUUAUGGUCCAAGUGGUAGUUUAAGACAAUGCAGAGUUUGUGUAAGAGAGAUUCUGGUAUCAGUUCUGCUCAUUUAGGAUCCCCUUUUAUUGUUGGUUGUUCGUCAUGGAAGAAUCCAACUGAAUCAAAUGUCUAUCAAUCUUCCAUAUCCAAAAGUCUAAGCUUAACUAUGGGAGUUCCAGCACAACACGGUCACUACGCUAAGCAAUUAAGUUUCCAGUUUCAAGAUCAGGAUUCAUCCUCAACUCAAUCAACUGGUCAAUCUCACUCUGAAGUGGCUAGUAUGAAGGAAAGCAACCCUUCUGGACAAGGCAUGGUUUCAUCAAAUUCAGGACACAAUGAAGCAUUGGUGAGGUCUGUGGGAGGUGACAUAAAACUAGUCUCAUCAAUGGGAGCUCAGGACUUUGUCUUUCCUUCACAACUUGAUUAUAGCCAGCCAAUUGGUCGCAUUCCAUUUCACUAUGCUGAAUCUUGCUUUAAUGGCUUAUUGGGUGGUGCCUAUGGGCCACAGGCUAUGGUAAUGGGAUUGGCUCCUGCUCGUGUGCCGUUGCCUCUUGAUCUUACAGAAGAUGAACCCAUUUAUGUCAAUUCGAAACAGUACCGUGCAAUUCUCAGGCGGAGACAGUAUCGUGCCAAGCUUGAAGCUCAGAACAAACUCAUCAAAGCUCGAAAGCCAUAUCUUCAUGAAUCUCGGCAUCUUCAUGCACUAAAGAGGGCUAGAGGAUCUGGUGGACGCUUUCUCAAUGCAAAGAAAGUCGAAGAAUCCAACCCUAGCCGCAAAAUCCAUGGUGUGGAUGCAGCAGGCUUUGCUCAGCUACAUUUGACUGGAAAUGUUUCAGAAUCUGAAGUCCAUCAGGCAGAAAACUAUAAAGAUGGCUCGUCCACCACCUCUUGCUCCGAAGUCACAAGUGCAUCCAACAGUGACAGCAUCUUUCAGCAGCCAGAUUUCGGGUUCUCCAGCUAUCCUGCUCAUGUACGUGGGAACAUGGGAACUCAUCUAGUUGAUGCAAGUGGGGGUAGGAACCGCUGCCAUCUUUCAGCCCUCCAGUAAGAGACGUGGCCCGCAAAUCAUCACAGCAGCCUGUAUUCGAUGGUGUUCGAGAAGGCUGCUGUUUUCCAUUGGGAAGUCAUCCUUGGCUCAGUUGCAGUUUGAUUUUAGUAUUUUCUAGUUUUUUAGACACAAAGAUACGUUACUGAUACUGGCAUUACAAUCAGAGACAUGAUUUGGUAGCGAAUAAAUGUUAACAUGUUGAUGAAUUGGCUUUCAUUUGUGACAAGAACUGAAGACUACUACUGCUUGUCAUGAUGAAAAUGUUGGUCCUUUAUGCUUGCAAUAGACAGUUAAUUUCUAAAUAUAUAUAUAUAUAUGUAUAUAUUUAAUUUAUA